AUGGACGGCGGGUCUCCCAUAGCGCCUCUUGAGCGCUCCUUUUCCGAGAUCUCGGCCGCGUCGACGAGGAGCCGGAGUAGCCAUCGCUCUACCGUCCGCGCCUCUCGCAGGGCCAAGCUUGUCUCUAACCCGUCCAGCUCCACCACGGCAUCGUCCGUCGACGCCUUGGACAAGUCCCUAACCUCGUUUCCGUCUUUCUCGCCCGGAUCUCCACAAGAAGAAGACCGCCCUACACUCUCACUGGACGCCCUCGAUGGUGCCUCGUCCCUGUUGCUCAAAAAGCCCGAUGAGACGGCCAAACAAUCGCCUUCACCGCCGAGGACCGCCGUUGCGUCGGCAAAAUCCGCCGCAUCAUCCAUCGUUGCGAGUCUGACGGCCAGCUCGCCCAACCCGCAGGCAUCCUCAUCGACGUUUACAUCUUCGUUCAGCCAAGCACGCAACGCCCUGUUCGACGAUGCGCCGCCGCUUACCCCCAACAAAAUCCCUGGCGCCCUUCACCUCGCCGACGAUGAGCACAUCGGCCGCCUCAUUGCCAAGCAUGGCGCCGUUGGACUGGUGCGCCAGGUUGCCGAAGACCUGGCCCAGCGGGACGCACAGAUAUCGGCGUUGCGUAUCCGCUCGAGCGACCGGGAACGCGCCCUGAGGAAGAUCAUACUGGAAUGCGGACUUUCGACCCUAGACCUCGAGACCCGCCUGCGCGCCAUCGAAAACGAUGCCGCAAAGGGCCAGCACAAUCGUCAAGUAUCGGAUCUGAUGAGCGAUGCCAUGACAGACAGCGUCUCGCGAGACCUUGGCGACUACGCCGCUGGUCAUGCGACGGUGCGUGCAUCUAGUAAUGGUACUGCUACUCCUGCCGAGACCGACAGUCCGGCCCAAAACAAGGGGACCAUGAAGAUGAUAAAAGAUUAUCUUUGGGGCGGCGGCGGUAGCGGCAGGAAUAGUCGUGCAGGUAGUGUCAACGGCGAUACUCCCAAGCAGGAACGGUCCCAGCAGACGGUCGUACGCGCAUUAACCUCGGCCGACAGGCGCCCGACGCUGAAUGAGGAUCUGUUCACGCCACCCGAUGGCGAGUCAGUACGAAGUUCUAGCCGGGCCUCGAGCAUCGUCAACGGCAUGACCCCCGCGAGGAAGAGUUCUAUGCCCUUUACUGCGACCCUGGUACGACUGGUUGCCGGCAACAAUGCCGCCAGCUCCAAGAUCGCGGAUGGCCGUGGUAGGGCAGGCAGUUCCGGAUCUGGAGCCGGCGGAUCCCUACGGACCUCGUCUGUAUCGAGCCAAAGAACGAACGGCUCUGCUCGCGCGGUUUCUACUCAGGGUGGGCCAAAAUCUCUGAUGUCGAUGCGGAGGGUCACAGCAGGUACACUGACUGCCCUGCCGCCUGGUGCGACCGGCCGCACCCGACCAGAGGACCGAUGGGAUACGAUGGUCGUAAGCCCGAGUUUGGAGAACAUCUCUCGUCAGGAGAGCUACGGCCCGGUCGAGAUGGACAAGAUCCUCCCGUUGGAGGGACAGCCGCCGACGCUAUCUCAACUGAACAAUAACUACCGGGGUUCCGGGGAACUUACCGAUAGGUAUGGCUUCAUAUAUGAUCAGCAACGUAAGAAGCGGCAGAGGGCGGCGCAGCUGGCCAGCCAGUUUAGAGGCAGUGCGUCCAACAUAGUCGAGCUACUUCAGAACGGUAAACCAAACCUGGCGGUCACGAUCACCGAAGACAGUUCCAGUUCAAAAUGGGACGUCACUAGCGAAGGUCGCCCCGGUUCUCCGUCUUCUACCGAGGAAGGCAAGUCGGCCUACAGAUGGUACGACUACCUGAAGGUAGUGACAUUUCAGUCAGGGGCAGAACGCACCACCGAGCUACUGUCCGACACUCCUGUUACAAGCGCUGCGGGUAUCGAAGUGACCGAGGGUCCGGACGCCCCCAAGUCCCCCGGACUGCCUCUGCCUGGCAUAGUUACAUCAGAAGACCGCGGUUUUGUGCCGCCUGCGAGCACACCGACGUCGGCAGUCGACACGGGCGACGCGACACUGGUAACCUUGGAGAGAGAGCCGGCGGCGACUUUCGUCAGAGAUGAGGCCGAGCCAGUGAAGCAGCUACUGAACCAGCUCAACAGCCUCCACGAUGAUCUGCAGAGGAAGCGCAUGGACCGCUGGAACGAGUUUCAACGGAAGGUGCGCGCGGAGCGGCGCAAGGUUGGCGAUUCUGCGGUUGCAGAUGCUCGCUUUCACCGCAUGCCUGAGACGAAGCUAGCCGAUGGGGAGCUGAUCGGGAUUGCAGAUCUUGGAAACAAGGGCAAAGUAGGUCGCGCCAAGUGGAGCGAGUUCCGCAGUCUCGUUCUCGGCGGCAUUCCCGUCACGCUUCGUGCCAAGGUCUGGGCCGAAUGCUCGGGUGCCCUGGAGCUGAGAGUGCCCGGCUACUAUGAUGAUCUUGUUUCUCGGCCCAUUGCCGAGGACAAUGCCGAUGUGGUGACGCAGAUUCGGGCCGACAUCAACCGUACGCUGACGGACAAUAUUUUCUUUCGCAAGGGUGCCGGCGUUGAGAGGCUCCAUGAGGUGCUGCUUGCGUACUCACGGCGCAAUCCCGAGGUUGGGUACUGUCAAGGCAUGAACCUGAUCGCUGCAAACCUGUUGCUCGUGACGCCAUCUGCCGAGGAUGCUUUCUGGCUCCUGGCUGCCAUCGUCGAGAAGAUUCUUCCCGCGGGCUACUACGACCACUCGCUGCUAGCCAGUCGAGCGGACCAACAGGUUUUACGGCAGUACGUUGCUGAGGUGCUCCCCCGGCUGUCGGCGCACUUCGAUGCUCUGGGGAUCGAUCUCGAGACGAUGACGUUCCAGUGGUUCCUAUCCGUCUUCACUGACUGCCUCUCGGCCGAGGCCCUCUUCCGAGUCUGGGACGUCAUCCUCUCCCUGGCGGGCGAUGGUUCGACCUUUCUGUUCCAAGUGGCCCUCGCCCUCCUCAAGCUCAACGAAACCCAGCUUCUCACGCAGUGCACUUCCCCGGCAGCCGUCUACACGUACAUCAACCACCAGAUGACGGACCACGCCAUCAGCAUUGACGGUCUGGUCCAAGCAUCCGAGGGCCUCAGGAGACUGGUCAAGAGAGAGGAAGUGGCGGCGCGGAGGCAAGCCGCCGUGGCUGCGGAGCGCGAGGUGGCCCAGCGGAGGGAGCAGGAACGCGCCGCCAGGACCGAGAGGGUGAACGCGGCGCGCGCAUCGCGCAAGGCCGUCGCUGCGGCGGCCGUUGUUACUGGCGACAGCGUAUGUGCGAGCCCGACCGGCACGGCCACGCCAAGCAUCAUCGCGUCUAGCAGGAGCGUCUCCCCCGCGCCCCCAUUGUCGCAGCCCGAAGCUUAG